GGUCAGACCAUCUCUCUAUCUCUCUCUCUCCAUCUAAAGAACUCCGCCACCACCAAGGACUCUCUCUCUCUCUCUCUCCGGAGAAAAAAAGAAGAAGAGGAAAAUGAUAACGGGGAAGGAUAUGUACGAUGUGUUAGCGGCGAUGGUGCCGUUGUACGUGGCGAUGAUAUUAGCGUAUGGGUCGGUGAGGUGGUGGGGGAUAUUCACUCCCGACCAGUGCUCCGGCAUCAACCGCUUCGUCGCCGUCUUUGCUGUCCCUCUCCUCUCUUUCCACUUCAUCUCCUCCAACGACCCUUACCAAAUGAACUACCACUUCCUCGCCGCCGAUUCUCUCCAGAAACUCGUCAUCCUCGUCGCCCUCUUCCUCUGGCAGGCGUUCAGCCGGAGGGGAAGCUUGGAGUGGAUGAUAACGUUGUUCUCGCUGUCUACACUGCCGAACACGUUGGUAAUGGGGAUACCAUUGCUUAGGGCAAUGUACGGAGAUUUUUCAGGCAACCUCAUGGUUCAGAUAGUUGUUCUACAGAGCAUCAUUUGGUACACUCUCAUGCUGUUCAUGUUCGAGUUCCGUGGCGCCAAGCUCCUCAUCACCGAGCAGUUCCCUGAGACCGCCGGUUCCAUUACGUCAUUCCGCGUCGACUCUGACGUCAUCUCCCUCAACGGCCGCGAACCCCUCCAGGCGGACGCGGAGAUAGGUGACGAUGGAAAGCUGCAUGUGGUGGUUCGAAGGUCGAGCGCUGCAUCAUCGAUGAUAUCUUCCUUCAACAAAUCCCAUGGCGGAGGCCUCAACUCGUCCAUGAUCACUCCUCGAGCUUCUAACCUAACCGGGGUGGAGAUUUACUCCGUCCAAUCGUCACGUGAGCCGACGCCGAGGGCUUCCAGCUUCAACCAGAGCGAUUUCUACGCAAUGUUCAAUGCCAGCAAGGCUCCUAGCCCUCGCCAUGGCUACGCCUCGGGCGGAGGAGGAGGAGAUGUGUAUUCGCUUCAGUCGUCAAAGGGCGCGACCCCGAGAACGUCUAAUUUCGAUGAGGAAGUCAUGAAAUCGAAGAAAGGCAGGGGAGGGAGAAGCAUGAGCGGUGAACUGUUCAACAACAAUAGCGCUCCGUCGUAUCCGCCUCCGAAUCCGAUGUUUACAGGGUCAACGAGUGGAAGUGGUGGAGUGAGGAAGAAGGAAAGCGGCGGAGGAGGAGGAGGAGGAGGACAGAACAACAACAAGGAACAACACAUGUUCGUGUGGAGUUCAAGUGCUUCUCCUGUCUCUGAAGCCAACAUGAGAAACGCCAUGAAUUCCGUCGAUCCCUCCUCCCUCAAACCCCACGAGAAUGCCGCCUCUAAAGCGAUGCAGAAUCUGAUAGAGAACAUGACGCCGGGAAGGAAAGGGGAAACGGAGGGAGAGAGCAAGGGAGGGGGAAUUUCGUCACCCUACACGAAGAAGAUGGGAGGUGCUGACGUGGAAGGCGGAGGGCUGAGGAGGCAGCAGAUGCCGCCGGCGAGUGUGAUGACGAGACUCAUUCUCAUCAUGGUCUGGCGAAAACUCAUCCGGAACCCUAACACUUACUCCAGCCUCUUCGGCCUCGCUUGGUCCCUCGUCUCCUUCAAGUGGAAUAUCAAAAUGCCCACGAUUGUGAGUGGAUCUAUUUCCAUAUUGUCAGACGCAGGGCUAGGGAUGGCUAUGUUUAGUCUAGGGUUAUUUAUGGCAUUGCAACCUAAGAUCAUAGCAUGUGGGAAAUCGGUGGCCGUAUUCGCCAUGGCCGUCAGGUUCUUGACGGGUCCGGCCGUCAUCGCUGCCACGGCCAUUGCCAUCGGAAUCCGAGGCACUCUCCUCCACGUCGCCAUCGUUCAGGCUGCUCUUCCCCAAGGUAUCGUCCCCUUCGUGUUCGCCAAGGAGUACAACGUCCAUCCUGACAUUCUUAGCACUGCGGUUAUAUUCGGGAUGCUGGUUGCGCUGCCCGUAACAGUUCUCUACUACGUGCUUUUGGGGCUCUGAGUUAAUUGAAACGUAUUCUGAAAAUCAAAGAGAAAACCCUAAUACAUAGGAAAGAAAGGAGAAGAGGGAGAAGGCUAAUAUUCCAAGUCAUGCUUAGGUGGAUGGACCGUGCAAUUGUCGCAUUAAUUACUUCAUUAAUUUAGAGAUAGGAUUAAUUAAUUUUGUAUAAUCAAGCACAUGCAUGUACGCCACUCUCGCAACUUUUAUUUCCCCUUUCCAAAAAUUUUUGGGGAUGUACGUAGUCAUACCAUUAUUUAUCGUUUAUCGAUUAUUCGCCUUUAAUU